CAACAAAAUUUAUUACUAGAAAAUAAUCCACUAAAUAUGGUGGAAGCAAGAUGUUUACCUACAUUGAAAUAUGUAUCUACUCUUUUAAAUCUGAUUCCUCAAUAUUUUGCUCUUGAAGGUGCAAAUGCUGGAGAUUUUGAUGAUGCUAUCAAAGUCGAAAUUAUGAAGGGUAAGAUGGCAGAAAAAUAUGCUCCAGUAUUAGCUCAAAAUAACUUUGUAAAUCCUCCAGUUAAUAUCGAUAGUCCAGAUAUAAUACGAGCAUGGUUAAAUGAAAAAUAUCAACGAGAAACAAUUGAAACUAAGAAUUCAGCUAUUCAAAGAUUGAGUCAAGAAAGAUUCCAAUCUUAUGAUACACCAGAUACGUAUGAAGCCAGAAUCUGUCCACUUAUAUUAGGUAUAGCAAAUAAUGAUGCCUAUGUUUUAGGGACUCUUAAGACUCAUUUAUCAGAAGAUCGUGAGCUUUAUAGUUGGAUGAGAAAUGAAAAUAUAGGGGCUAUUGAUGAAUUUUUCACUAUAUUGAAAAAUAUGUGGCUUGAACGUUCUAGUUUAAAUGAAGGGCAAAAUUUCGAUCAAGCACAACCAAAGAAAAAAUUAUUAGCAAAGCAAGAUGAUAGUAUAAUAUCACAACCUGUAUUCUCUUCAUAUGAUGAAAUGCAAAAAUCCUUCCAAGCUAUGAUGGAAAAACAGAAGAUUGAAUCCAAAGCUGAGAUUGAAAAACAGAAAGCUGAGAUUGAAAAAUUGAAAGCCAAAUUUGAAACAAAAAUGACUCAACAAUCCAAAAAAUCUCGCCCUCCAGUUCUACCCAAAGAUUAUGAACAAAUGCAAGAAUUCUAUAAAGGUCAAGCUUUCCCUCCUCCCAUACCAACUAAACCAGAACGAUUGCAUUCGUCAAAUCAAAAUGCUAGAAUAGAUAGAAUAGAAUCGAAAGUAGAUAAAAUCGGUCAAAUGACAUCUCAAUUCGGGACGAUGAUGCUUGAUAACAAAAAACCCGUAGCUAAAUCAAAUUCAACAUAUCGAUACUUUUCUCCUCUAAUACCUUCUCAAUCCCAAUAUGCAUCUCCUGAUUCGGAUAAUAAUGAGAAUGAAGAAGGUAGAUAUAGCGAGGAAGAGAAUAAAUGGCAUGCUCUAUCUCAGUUAGAAAAAAAAACAGGUACCGAAUUUAGUCAGCCUGAAACAUACGAUGAACUAUUACUAAAGCUUUCACCGGCAAUGCGUAAAAUGUGUCAGUCUCAUAUAGUUCAGGAAAAAGAAUCAAAAUCAGAUGAAUGGUUUUCGUCAUUGCAAUACUUGCAUUGUAAUAUAAAUGAUCUAUUAAUCACUAAUUCCUUUUUAGAUAGUGCAAGUGAAUUUGGAGGAGUAAAUGAUGUAACAAUUAACAUCCUAAGGUGGAAAGCUAAUAAGCCUUCUGACUUUGCUAUAAAGGGCAAUUCCAAACAUAUAUCUGAAUCAUUAGAAUGGUAUACAGAUAUGCCAAUUAGUGUAAAGGACAAAGAUGGUAAGAUUGUUCAUGGUGUUCUUGACCCUAGUAAAAACCAAUUUCAAAUGAAGUUACAUGGAAAGACUUACACUAUCCCUACUUUUAGUAAGCCUCCAGGGGUUAGUGAACCAGAGCAACGAACAUCAGAUAUGCAUAAUG